UCCGGCCAUUAUGCCAUCGAAUCCUUGGCGAUCUGGUCCUGCAGCAUGGUCGGCCAGUCGAUGACUGCGUUAUAACCUCGUAGUCGUCGAUGUCGGUUCCAGUAAACAUCGACGAUGCAGCAUCGAACUCGUUCGACGACCGGGAUGCCUUUGACUGCUCGUCAAUAGCGCUGCCUUCACGUGCGCCAAUAGCGCUGCCUUCACGAUGCGCCAAUUGGCUUGCUUAUCGGCAGGUGUGUCCUUACUAUCUUUGGCAUCUGUCGGUGGAUCAAGCGAGUCUCCGGUCUCAGCACGCUGUUCUUUGGUCCGCGCUCUUGCCCAACCCAGCCCGCUGGAUAUUCGGGUGCAUCGGACGGUAUUAGUGGCUUCGAAGGAGGAGGCACCUGGCUAGGGCUAUCCAAAUCAAGGCGACCACGGGAGCUGUUGCAUGAAGGUACAAGAUCCGUAGAUUGCCAAGCCUCAGAGGGCUCUGACGCUGGC